AUGGACGGACAGUCACAACGCAUAGUUCGAUGGUUGGAAGAGACUGACGAAGAAGAUGACGAUAAUUUGGCAGACCUGUCGAGUAGUGAAGAUGAAGUAGAUUGUUUUAUAGAAGAAACACACGAUUCUGAGUCGGAGCAAGAAAGCGACGUAGAGGAACAGGCAAUACAGGAUGAUUACAUGGUGUAUUAUCUCAUAUGA